GAUAUUUAUGUGUAAGCGUCAAUCUGUUAUUAUUAUACGUACGUUCAUAAAUAUAUAUGUAUAUAAGUUUAUCUAAUAACUAGAAUUGUUUACGUACCGUUAAGAAAACAAGCAUUGUUCAAUAUUUGUGUCGACGAAGUGGACAUGCAUUUUUAGCUUAAGUUUAUAGUUUUGAACUAAAAAUUCUUUAGCAUUUUAUAUUAUUUAAUAUAAGUAUAGUUAUUUGAUAUAUGUAAAUAUGUGAAUACAAAUCGAUCCAUUUGCAAUAUUGUAUAAAAAAAACAUGAGCAUUUAAUGUUUCUUAAAUGAAAUUACGAAUAGAACCUGCCUUGUUGCAGUCAUUCUAGUUACAAUAAAUAUUAUUCUUUUUUCGGUAUAUUUUGAAUUUAAAGGUAAUUCGUGCACAUCGCCUCCAUUCUUUAAUUGUUCUAAUAUAUUUCGGUCUUUUUUGCUGAUUUUUCUACUUGUAAAUUACCUUUAAAUACCUAAAAUAAAACUAAUCUUUGCUUUUCUUUUAUUUUCUCUAAAACAAUCCAUACACAGAAUCCUACUUACGGCAAACAAAGCGAUAUGCUAGUGGAUGAGGAAUCCUUGGACAAAGAACCAUCGCCACCACUUGUUAGACCAUUGCAUUGCCUAACUUCGACGGCCACGGUCCUACGUAAUUAUCGCCACAAUCCAAUGAUUGGUGGUCCAGAUGUUUUACCUUCGCCGCCAUUUGGUCCUACCGGCAAUAAUAACAUCAGCGCUGGCAACGGCAGCGGCAGCGGCAGCGGCAGCGACGACGCGAGCCCACCUGACCUGACACCGGCCGAAACUGAAUCCACUGAAUCGGAUAGCGGCAUUGAUGACAUCAGUCUAGUUGACGCUUCCUCACCGGUGAAGAUAUCGUUGGACAAUCGCAAAAGCGCUAUUUCGAAACCGCUGAGUGGUUGCUCAGCAGCCACUAAAGAUAUGCUCUUGAUAAAGUGCUUGACUAGCAGAGCAGCCAAGAAACGUGGUGCAAUGGACGCACUGGCCAUCGAACCACAAUUUAAGCAACAACAGCCGUUUUCUUCAGUAGACAACUCAAGCGACGAUGGUGGUAGUGAGGACAGCAAUGAUGGUGACAUUAACGAAGCUUCUAAUGGCAAUCGGGGCCGAAAGCGAUUGUUGGACGACAUAAAUCCACUCAUGGAACCGUUUAUAAUGGACUUGUGCAAUGAUGACUACGAUGUGGCGGCUACCGAACAACUACUAGGAAGCAACGGAAUCGAAGACGUACUCAGCGAUUGGACGCACGAAAUGGCCUAGCUGAAGCAAAACAUUGUUAGUAACCGGACAAAAGAAUCAAACCAAACAAAGGCAAAAACGACAACGGCAAGGGACAUGGAAUUCGCGGACACAAUAGAAAAAAGUCAGAGUUUAUAAAUGGGAUCCAGGGGGAAAAAUAUUACAGGAAGAACGAUUGA